CUCCAGUCAGUUACCCGCGGUUUGAAUGUGAGGAGACGUUGAGCCCUUAACGACGGACGGUUGCUGUGGCGCUGUGCCGUUUGCGGGGUUUUUGAGACUUCCGCCAGCGGGGAGGGUUUGUUUCGUGUUUAUUUUUAUUUUUAUUUUUUUUUUAUAGUGGGCAGGUUGAGCUUUCUAUUGUCCCUCCGUUUGUCUGUAUGAAGGACUGACAGGCGGCAUGUGAUACAGACGAGAGACUGAGGCGUGUUCGUGUUUCACGGAUGUUCCCCGGGAAAAGAAGACAGCAAAGAGGAGUCUAGCUUUCAUUUUCUUUGUGUUUGUUUGUUGUUGUCUGUGGAUGUGACUUCACCACCGCCCGGGUUCAUGACGGAGGAGGGCUGCUGCUGGAUUGUAUGGGGAGCUCUUGCUAGCUGUUGAAUGGCCAGCACCCCAAAGAACAAGAUGAACAAUGCCUCUGCGGGUUGGUAGUUGUGUCUGGAUGCUCCUGAGCGAGUGACCCACCGUGUGUUUGCUAAAGGCUGUGGGUUCAUGUCCGUGAAGUGAGGGCUAAACGCUGGGUUAACACACUGAAGAGGACGGGGAGGCUCAAUCCAGGCGCGGCCAGGCAAGCCAACAAUGCGGAUUACCUCUGGACUGUUUGCCUUUGUGUCAAUACAGACUGUAUAAAGUUGAGAUAAGACAAACAGCCGGUCCUUUUUUACGAUUAUCAUUUCAUUUUACUGUCUUGGAGAGGACGUGAGGUUCAGAUCCUCACAAAACUGCAAACUGACUGAAAACAGAGCAACAGGGACAACGAUGGCGAACGACUCCAUACAAAGUGACCCAGAUGGGCUGUCGGUUCUGGAGCAGCUCGGUCUGGACCAGAACUCUGAUUUCUCCGACUCCAGUGUGCAGCAGCUUCUGGACGAGCAGCGUGAAAGGAUCCGCAGGGAGAUUCGUAAAGAGCUGAAAAUCAAGGAGGGAGCUGAGAACCUACGCAGGGCGACGACUGACAAGAGGAACGCUCAGCAGGUGGACAGCCAGUUGCGCUCUUCUAACCGCAGACUGGACAACCUACAUGCUCAGCUGCAAGAACUGGACGCUCACAUUGUGGUGAAGGGAGGAGAAGAGAAUAAAGAUGAGUGUCCUCAGUCUCCUGGGGCCGAGAGUCGGACGUCAGCCCACAAGGAACGUAUCGCUGCCCUGGAGAGACAGCUCAACAUCGAGCUCAAAGUCAAACAGGGAGUUGAAAACAUGAUCCCUGUCUACUCCAAUGGAUCCACUAAGGAUAAGAAGAUGCUGCAGACGGCCCAGCAGAUGCUGCAGGACAGUAAGACCAAAAUUGACAUAAUCCGCAUGCAAAUCCGCAAGGCUGUGCAGGCCACCGAGCACAAUGAUGACACACAGGGCAACCAGGACCUCUGCGGGAUGGAGCUGCGUAUUGAAGAGCUGAGGCAUCACUACAGAGUAGAACAUGCUGUUGCUGAGGGGGCCAAAAAUGUGCUCCGGCUCCUGGGGGCCAGCAAGGUCCAGGACAAGAAAGCCCUGUCUGAGGCGCAGUCUCGUCUGAGCGAGGCGUCUCAGCGGUUGGACCUACUGAGAGACUCUCUGGACCAGCGUCUGGCAGAGCUGCCGGAGGACCAUCCUAAGGCCAGCGUCAUCAAAGAGGAGCUGGUCCUGGCCUCCUCCCCUGCCUUCAGCUCUCGCCAUGGCGCCCCCUACCUCCACAACCAAUACAGCACCCUCAACAAACCGUCACCUCUCACUGGUACCUUGCAGGUGCAGCUCUUUGGCUGUGUGGGGUUGUUGGAGGUGGUCCCAGGUCGCAAUAAAGGAACAGCUGUCAUGCUGCCCUGCUACAGCCCCGGAGACACCAGGUCCUUUAUGAGGGGCAGCAAGGGACUGUACGGACGGAGCGGCUCAGUCAGCGGGAAGACGCCCAGCAAGGCCGACGAGCUCUCCUCUGAGGUGAGUACUGUGUUGAAGCUAGAUAACACAGUGGUGGGUCAGACAGCUUGGAGGACUGUGGGAGAACAGGCUUGGGACCAGACCUUCACUGUUGAGCUGGAAAGGUCGAGGGAGAUGGAGAUUGCUGUUUACUGGAAAGACUACCGCUCGUUGUGCGCUUUGAAGUAUGUGAAGCUGGAGGAGUUCCUGGACAACCAGAAACACAGAGUUCAGCUGGAGAUGGAGCCUCAGGGCCUGCUGCUGGCUGAGGUGACCUUCUUCAACCCGGUCAUUGAGAGAGUUCCUCGCCUCCAGAGGCAGAAGAAGGUCUUUUCUAAGCAGCAAGGCAAGGCAUUCCUUCGUGCUCGUCAGAUGAACGUGGAUAUCGGGACGUGGGUGAGGCUGCUUCGAAACGCCAUACCCACCGUCAACAAUUCAGGAACCUACAGUCCCAAUGCACACAGCCUAACACUCAACUCCGGGGAGGUCUCAGUGGAGAAGUUGAGUCUGGACAGUGACUCUCCAAUAAGAGGCGAUUACAAGAGAGACAUGGACACACACACCCCGGACCGACUGCCAGUCAUCGAGCCCUUCUCCCCCCCAGACCUCACCCCUGAGUGCCCUAUCCGAACCCCGUCUGUUAGCAGUAAGCAGAGGAAAGGUCCUCUGUCACUCCAGGACUUCAGGCUGAUCGCUGUGUUGGGCAGGGGACACUUUGGAAAGGUGUUGUUAUCAGAAUACAGGAAGACAGGCACGAUGUACGCCAUCAAAGCACUGAAGAAAGGAGACAUCAUAGCUCGAGAUGAGGUGGAAAGUCUAAUGUGCGAGAAGCGCAUCUUUGAGGUCGUGAACUUGUCGCACCAUCCCUUCUUGGUCAAUCUGUUUGCAUGCUUCCAGACUCCGGAGCAUGUGUGUUUUGUUAUGGAGUACACAGCAGGAGGCGACCUGAUGAUGCACAUCCACACAGACGUCUUCACAGAGCCUCGAGCCGUGUUUUAUGCAGCCUGCGUAGUUCUCGGACUUCAGUUCCUCCAUGACCAUAAGAUUGUGUACAGAGACCUCAAGCUUGACAACCUGCUGCUAGACACAGAUGGUUAUGUGAAGAUCGCAGACUUUGGACUGUGUAAAGAAGGAAUGGGCUUUGGGGACCGGACCAGCACGUUCUGUGGGACUCCAGAGUUUUUGGCCCCAGAGGUCCUAACGGAUACAUCCUACACCAGGGCAGUAGACUGGUGGGGACUCGGGGUCCUCAUCUAUGAAAUGUUGGUGGGAGAGUCUCCAUUCCCAGGUGACGACGAAGAGGAGGUGUUUGACAGCAUUGUGAAUGAUGAAGUCCGUUAUCCACGCUUCCUGUCCACCGAGGCUAUUGGCAUCAUGAGAAGGCUGUUGAGGAGGAACCCGGAGAGAAGACUGGGCUCUGGUGAAAAGGAUGCAGAGGAGGUGAAGAAACAGCCAUUUUUCAGAAACGUGGACUGGGAGGCGCUGCUGCAAAGGAAGGUGCCCCCUCCCUUCGUCCCCUCCAUCGGCGGCAAGGAAGACGUCAGCAACUUCGACGAGGAGUUCACCACUGAAGCUCCAGCGCUCACGCCUCCACGAGAGCCUCGCGUGCUCUCCCGCAAAGACCAGGACAGCUUCCGGGACUUUGACUACGUCUCUGACCUCUGCUAGUGGGCUGGUUGGCUCACAGACCUCGAGGAAUGUCCGAUUUUUGAAGGCUUCGCGACAGUUUUGUCAGAGCGGACCGACUGUCAACUGACUGUUUGUCUGCCGUUAAUUACACUGUGAAUGAAUGCGGAGAGACCGGAGGCAGACGGUCUGUGUUUUGUGUGUCUGUAGGGUUUUAAAGAUGGAGGACUGAGGAAAAAAAAAAAAGCCAGGACAGAUGGCUCAUGGGGUCACGUAUUUUAUCACAAUGGACAAACGAAGCCCCCCCCUCUCCAAUCAUUGUACAACACACCAGUGACUUGUGUAUCGUUGCAAACAUUAGCCUUUAAAAUGCCUCCUCCCAUCCUCUUAAUGUGUCAGUGUAGUCACCUGUGCAGCUGAGGAGGAGCUUCUCUUCGUACUGUUGACUGUUCGGAGGCGUUGCUUAAUGGCCUCUCAUACCAAUGCCUUACAUUUGUACUUGUAUUUGAUCCACAGAAAAGCAUGUAGUUUUUAUUUUGUGGCCCUUUGUAUACAGCAGUAGGAAGAGAGACCUGAUGUACUGCAGAAAAAUACUCUCAAGAAAAAAAAAAGAGGGUUUGAGAGUAGAAAUAGUGACGUUCAGAGUGAAUUUGUACUCAUAGCUUUCCCAGCAGUCGUAUAAUGGCGACCUUCAGUCAUGCUGGCCGAUGCUAGGUGAAUAAGAGUUAACUACGGGGUAAAGAACCACUGUCUUUUACCAACUACGUUUUAAAAUUUGUGCUGCUUGGAUUUUAAUUUCUGCGACAAAUGUUACAAAUUAGUCAUAUUUUAUGACACUCCUCAAUGCAUUCUUAAAUACCCAGCACAUACUGUGUUUUUUUAAUUGGAUAUUUGGGUAUUGAUAUGAACAGAUGUAGCAGACACAGAAUUACAACCACCAGCAUAAAAGCUACGUGGCAAGCAGGUUAUUUCAUUUUUUUUAAAUUGAAAAAAACAAAAAAACACUAAGACUUGAUGUGUAAGUAACACAGUGUCCAUUAUGAGUUUGAGACACAAUCAUCCAGUUAUCUAAAUGCUACCAGAGUUUUGUGAACAUGAAGUAAGUCAUUUCCCACCAAGACAAUUAUAUCUGAUUUUAAACACACGCUGGCGGUAACAGCUGUUUUAAAGUCUGUUUUAAGAACUUAAGCCGACAGUUUUUAAAGACGUUACGUACUUUAUGGUCAUUGCAGGGUUUGGUUUCCAUCACAGUGAUUAAAUCAUACAUGUUUUAGUCGAAAACCAGUUUAUCUGAGUGAAUAUGGGAAAUCUGGAUGGCGGCACAAGCACAACAAACCUCAUUAGCCACUUUUCCACAGCAGAGCCAAUCAGAGCUUUCUGACCCCAGCUAACAAGUUCUCUUGGCAAUAUGUUUCUAAAUGAACAAUAUCAUUGGAGGGAAACAGAAAGAUAAAUGUUGGAAAUUAUGAGCCAGUGGUAUAAACUUCUGUAACACUUUUAUUUCUGAGUACAGGAGAGGUUUGUUGUGAAGUUGUAUGUAUGAUGGUGUGGAUCUUAUCUUCUGUAUGACAAUACAAAACCAUGUGAGAGUAUGAGAUGACUUAUUUUAUAAAGAAAACCUGGAGUGA